UUUCUGGUUGCUGCCGGCCCUCAGGUCGUCUUGCUGCUGAUCGCCCCGGGCGAGCGAGGGACUGAACAGGGUCCGAGGCAGCGCUGCUCCGGCCCUCUCGCCCGCCCUCUGGGGCUCGGGCGCCCCUCCCCCACCUUGCCGCGAGCGCGCGCCCCGCGGCCCCUCCCCUCACGCCUCCGGGGGCGGGCUCUGGACGCGCGCCUCCCCGCCCCCUCCUCGCGUUGUGCUUUCGCGGCCGCUGGUUUAUUGUGAGGACAGCCCGGGCAGCUGCUGCGCCGGGUGGCGCGAGGCCGGGGCGCGCGGGGCCACCUUCCCCGCGCCCCUCCCCCACGCGCGGAGGCGCGCCCUGUCCCCUCGGGCACGCGCGGCGGGCGCCCGGCCCUCGGCGUGUGCGAGGCGUGAGGUGGAGAUGGGGGCGGAGGGAGCCGGAGCUGUCACAGGCCCCGGGUCCGCCUGACUGAACCAAGUGGGGUGUCAUGGCCGCGGGGGGCGGCGGCGGCGGCGGCGGCGGCGGCCGGGGAGUUCAUCCUCGACGCACGGGUCGGUCCCGUUUCUCUCUGUGCGGCGGCCGGCGGGACCAUAAGGGCUUAACUCAUAUAUUUAAUCCCCCUCCGAAAAGAUUUGAAACUAUUCUUGAAGGGCUGUUUGGACCUGCAUUAUUAAAAGAUCUCAGCUUAUUUAAAGAGUUUGAGCCUGAAAGCAUUUCUGAUUGGACUUUUGAUGAAAAUUGUCUGUUCUGUUGCUUGAGAAGAGAUAAAGUAAAGGGACACUUAGUCCGCCUGGAUGAACCAGCUUCGGGAGCUGGGCAAGAAGCUCUGCUUAAACAAGAGCAAGCAAAAAUCAUCCGAUUCGAGAAACAAGCAGAGGAGUUCCUCAAUGCAGUCUUUUAUAGAAAAGACAGUCCCUGGGUCUCCGACCCCAAUUUUCCCCUAGUGGCCCGAGAGAUCAUGCAGCGAAUGAUCCAACAAUUUGCUGCUGAAUAUACCUCAAAAAAUAGCUCUACUCAGGACCCCAGCCAGCCCAAUAGCACAAAGAACCAAAGCCUGCCGAAACCAUCUCCAGUCACCACCUCUCCCACGGCUGCAACUACUCAGAACCCUGUGCUCAGCAAACUUCUCAUGGCUGACCAAGACUCACCUCUGGACCUUACUGUCAGAAAGUCUCAGUCAGAACCUAGUGAACAAGACGGUGUACUUGAUCUUUCCACUAAGAAAAGUCCAUGUGCUGGCAACACUUCCCUGAGCCAUUCUCCAGGCUGCUCUAGUACUCAAGGGAACGGUGAGAACUCAACAGAAACACUAGCGGUAGAUUCUAACGAUCAGUCGAAGUCCCCCCUGGAGAAGUUUAUGGUCAGACUCUGCACUCAUCAUCAAAAGCAAUUCAUUCGUGUUCUGAGCGACCUGUACACUGAAUCUCAGCCAGACACUGAGGACCUGCAACCUUUAGAUUCUGGAGCAAUGGAUGCGUCAUCUUGCAAUGCUGGCUGUGCCCAGCUAAGCAGCAGAUACAAGGAAACUGAUGCUAUGUGCCUCAAUAGGAAGUCUCCUACUUCUGUAGAUUUGUUCACAGACUCACUGGGCUCUCACAGCCCUCUGCGUGUGACAGAACAAACCCUGAAGGAGACUCCUUCUGAGACAAACUAUGUAGAUAGAAGAGAGAAUGCCUUGACGGUUGUCCAGAAAGAUUCCUCUGAACUUCCAGCCACUCAACUUUAUUCUGGUAGUUCAACAGAUAGUUCUCCUCUGGGUUACCUCACUGCAUCUAAUUCUUCCUCAUUGAACUCCCACCAUGUCUUUAAAAGCUUGGAGGAGCAAACCACUGGACAAGAGCAAGACCCAAGUGUGAAAACAUGUGAGGAUGGUAAAGAUCAUAUGCAGAGUUCAGCUUUAGUAGAAAAUCUGAUUACAGUCAAAGUGGCAGCUGAGAAUAGUGAGGAGAGCAAUAGCACUAUUGUUUCUCAAAGAAAUUCACUCAAAGCUUUAUCAAAAGAGACAUGGGACUCAGGGUUUGUAGGAAACUCACCUAAAACUUCUGACAAAGAGAAUGGUUUAGAGUGUAGCUCAAAAACAUCAUUGCACCAGGAUUUAGAGGCAGAUGAACAAGAUGCAAGGCCAAAGCAAGAGAACCAUCUUCACUCACUAGGAAGAAAUAAGAUGGCUUACCAUUCAUAUCCCAGUGACAAGGGCCAAUUUGAUCAUUCCAAAGAUAGUUGGUUAGCCCUUAGCUCCAUGUCAUCUGUACAUAAAACAUCUAAUGGACACGCACGAACCAAGAUGAUACCAGCUUCCAUCAAGACAGCACGAAAAAGUAAAAAAGCAUCAGGGUUGAGGAUAAAUGAUUAUGAUAACCAGUGUGAUGUUGUUUAUAUCAGUCAGCCAAUAACAGAAUGCCACUUUGAGAAUCAGAGAUCUGUGUUAUCUUCUCGGAAAACAGCCAGAAAGAGUACUCGAGGAUACUUUUUCAAUGGUGAUUGUUGUGAGCUGCCAACUGUUCGCACACUGGCCAGAAAUAUACACACCCAGGAUAAAGCAAGCUGCUCAGUACUAGCAUCAGAGGCUAAUAAUGUAACUCCCAAGCAGACCUUGACAACUUCAGCCCCUAGGCAUGUAGGUGAUAUGCAGCUUCCCAGAGAAGAUAACGUUGAAGAACCUUCUAAGGAAAUAAUUUCUUUCAAGGAGGGAAGUGAAGACACUUCUUCUGCAAAAGAGUCUCAAGAGCCUGAGGUUUGCCACACAGCAGAGGAACCAAAUCCCAGCAGCUCUCCUAGGUUGGUGGAGACAACAACCCCUAGCUUGGUGUGUCCUUUGUCUGCUUGCCUUCCUGAAGAGGAUGUGCCAGAAGGCAGAACCAUUUCAGCUCCCAUAGAAAAUGUGGUGUCUCCUCCUGAACAAGACCGACAACCAGUUGCCUUGCUAGAUGUGGAGGAGAUACGUGUACCCCAGGACUGCCACUUGAUUUCCCCAACUGAAAGCAUUUCUGGGGGAGGCAGUGAAGAAGUCCAUUCUAGGCCUCAGUCUCCCCUGGAAACAGUCAGUAGAGAAGAAAAUCCUCUGUGCCCAGAAAAUCGAAGUUCUUCUGUGGGCUGGGAGCCCUCUCUGAAUCUGGGACCAGUUGAGCACAAGCAGAGCUUCAGUACUGAGUUUGGGACUGAAGCUAUUCAAGAACUACAUACUGAGCCAUACCUGGAGGCAGUCAGCACUUUUCAGAAUGAAACCCCUGAUGAGGUGGCAAGAGGUGAGGCAACGAGUGGUAGAGUAUAUCCAGAGGGAGAAGAAAGUGCUGUAAAAUCUUCAGAAAAAAAUACCUGUAAUCCAAACAUUGAUUCACCUGAAGAAAAUCUGGACAAGAAGAAAAAAGGUAAAAAGUUCCCCGAGGCCUCUGAUAGGUGCUUAAGAAGUCAGCUUUCAGAUUUGUCCUCUGUUGGUAGGUACCUAAGAAAUCAAAGUUCAGAUUCUUCGUCUACUUGUUCUGAGAUCAGAGUUUCUAAAAGUUCUGGAGCAAAGUAUUCUAAAAAAGAAGACAACCCUGCUGGGACAACACCUGAGGGCUUUCUAAAUGACAAUUUCCAUACAGAAGUUCUAGAAGAAACUGAAAACCCAAAUGUCAGUGAAUGCCCCUCUGAAAAAGAUGUUGAGCAGGAGAGUAGAGGAAGUAGCAUUAUUACAAGGCAAACUUUUAAAAACAUGCUGACAAAAGAAGUCAAGAGUGAACAAAGGGAGAUCUCUCCUACCAGAGAUCCCAUAACCACAGUUGGCCAGUCACUGCCUGGAGAAAGACUAGAAAUCUAUGUCCAGUCUAAGAUGAGUGAGAAAGAUACUCAUGUGUUCUCAGAAAGUAUUCUGUGUAAGAAGGACCUAGAGCAGUCAAAUGAGAAACCAGGACAUAUUCCCACACAGAAUGUGGAGGCAGUUGUAAAUGAUAUAGACUAUGAGGCCACCCAGCAUAAAGAUGAUGCUAACCAGACCCCAUCCAGCUCAGUUGAGAUGUCAAGUAGUCAAAGUGGUGAUGCUGCUAGUCCACCAAAAUUAGUAGUGAGACCUAAACGAUUGACCUCUUCAAACUACAACUUGAGACAUACUAACUCUCGGGACUCCUUGGAUACUACAAAAGUGACUUCAGAAAAGGAAGCCACAUUGGUAAACCCAAUGCCAAAGGAAAAUGAAGCUCCUGAGAGUGCAGAUCCUUUAGAUGAGGAUGUGGAUGCAGUGGUAGAUGAACAGCCAAAGUUUGUGGAGUGGUGUGCAGAAGAGGAGAACCAGGAGCUGAUCGCUAAUUUUAAUGCCCAGUACAUGAAAGUUCAGAAGGGCUGGAUCCAGUUGGAGAAAGAAGCACAGCCAACACCAAGAGCAAGGAAUAGGUCCGAUAAACUGAAGGAGAUUUGGAAAAGCAAGAAAAGGUCACGGAAAUGUAAAGGUUCAUUAGAAGCUCAGAAGUUUUCUCCUGUUCAGAUGUUAUUUAUGACAGACUUUAAAUUAUCUAAUGUUUGUAAAUGGUUCUUAGAGACAACUGAAACCCGGUCUCUGGUCAUUGUGAAGAAGCUUAAUACUCGUCUUCCAGGGGACAUUCCCCCUGUCAAGCAUCCUCUACAGAAAUACUCUCCUUCCAGCCUGUAUCCAAGUUCAUUGCAGGCUGAACGCUUGAAAAAACACUUAAAGAAAUUUCCUGGAGCUACUCCUGCUAAGAAUAAUUGGAAAAUGCAAAAACUCUGUGCUAAAUUUCGAGAAAAUCUUGACCAACCAGAGCCAGAGGAUAGCAGUGAUGUCAGCCUCAGCCCUAAUUCUGAAGACAACAUAGAGGAAGUCAUAGAAGAUAGAAAUAGCCACCCUCCCACAAACCUGCCCACUCCAGCCUGUACACGAAUCCUCAGGAAAUAUUCUAAUAUUCGAGGAAAGCUCAGAGCCCAACAGCGAUUGAUCAAGAAUGAGAAAGUGGACAGCCCUGUGAGUGUGGCAGUGGAAAGUAAGCAGAAUCGUAAAAGUGUGUGCAUCAACCCUCUGAUGUCCCCCAAGCUCGCCCUCCAGGUGGGUGCAGAUGGGUUUCCCAUUAAGCCCAAAAGUACUGAAGGAAUGAAGGGAAGGAAAGGAAAGCAGAUGUCUGAAAUCUUGCUUAAAGCUGAAGUUCAGAGUAAACGCAAAAGAACAGAAGGUAACAGCACUCAGGAUAGUAAGGAUAAGGCCCUGACAGUGAAAGCUGGCAAAGAAAAGCAUGUUGAAGGACCCACCAAAACCUCUUCCACCAAGAAGCCAUCUGUAAGAGACAAAGUCAGCCAACCGCCGAAAAAAAUGUCUUUGAAAGAGAAUAAAGUGAAGAUCCCUAAAAAGUCCUCUGGGAAGAGCUGCCUGCCCUCCAGGAAAGAAAAAGAAAAUACAAACAAACGAACUGCCCAAUCUGCCACCUCAGAAGCACUGAUGAAACCUGCAAAGCAAAAAGGGUCAGGUGAAUCCUCUUCCAGGCCCCAGAAAGCCACCAACAGGAAACCAAGCAGUGGGAAGACUCGGACCAGACCCUUGACAAAAGGCCCAGAGAACAGUGUGGCCCAGAGAAAGCGAAAGCUCAAGGCAAAGCUGGACUCUUCCCACAGCAAACGGAGACGUUUGGAUGCAAAGUGAUGGAAGGAUGGCAGCCAAGAAUGAAACUGUUCUAUAGAAGUAACCUUUUAUUUUGCAUUAUCUAAAUUGCUUUUGUAAGCUUAUCAAGCCUUUCAAAUUACAAUUAAUAGAAAACACCACAAUUUGAGAUGUCAGAAAAUGCGUCUCAGGUAGAGAAGGGAACUUGUAGAGUCCUUCUCUGAGAUUGAGUAAGGGAAGUUAUAUAUUAUAUUCUGGUUGUUCCUUGGGUUUUAAACUUGGAACCAAGCAGUUUUUGUUUUAAAAAGUACAGUGCCUUAUUUAUCCUUUUUGUUUUAAAAUUUACAAAAGCUAAAAAGCUGACCUAUGUGUUUAAAGGCUUGUAUUUUAUACUUGAUGCACAAGCACUUGUACUGUAGCCAAGAAGACCACCGUCAUGCACAUGAAAGGAGCUUUCAGCAGCCACCCUGCAGCGUCUGCUCCUGAGCAGACCUUUUCUGCAAACCACAGCAGCAGCUUCCCUCUCUGUCGUGUUUGGUUUUUUGUUAUGUGAUAUUUGAAAGCUAAACCAAAUCAUUUUUAUGAUGUGUGAAGAAUGCAGAGGAUAUAUAAUUAUAAAAGAUUAAUAUUUCUGUUAUCUUUUAAAAAUCAUAUUCAUUGUUGGUCACUCUUCUCACUUUUGUUUUUAUUUUGUUGUUUUUGGUCUUUUUUUGUCAUUUGAGAACAUGUUCUCUAAAUCUCAUGCCCAUGGGGACAAAGAUGUAUCACAAAUACUGAUUUUGGUUUAUGACCUCUAAAACUUAUUUGCAUCUCCAAACUCUGUUUUGGCUGUUAAUGAUUCUUACUAUCCUCUUUAUUUUUGGCCUUGCAAGCUUGCUAGCUUUCUAACAGGUGUUCCUCCUAUUUUAGAAAGAAAAAUCUUUUUAUCUUGUAGCUAAUUUGAUAAAAUGAAAGUGAUUGUUUUCUUUCGCAGAGUACUUCCCCAUUCAGAGAAAUCCAAAAUAUUAUUCCAUUAAUAGGAAAUUUUAAGAAUAUGGGUGCACAUGUGCAUUUGAAUGCAUUUACAUAUGGUUAUCAUCUGUAAAUGUCUCCUCUCAAUUUUACAGAAAAUUCUUUCCUCCCCAUGCAGUAUGUUCAUGAAGCUGAGUAACACAGACUAGAUGGUUUAAAAGUAGCCCAGUGACUCCAUGUGCAUCCUAGUACCUAGUACCAUCCUACAAUCACCAGAUUCUGAGAGGUAUGAACAAUACAGUUACAUAGAAUCAAGAGUCCCUGACAGCUGGAGGAAGCUGCCCCACACACACAGAGCUGAGGUUCAGCUGGAAUGUACCAAGUGAAGGGAUUUGUCUGGAGUAGAUGUCAGUGUGGACUGAUUAGUGCCAUCCUAAAUAGUUAAAUGCUAAUAGUAUCACUCUUUCGCGUAUCUCUUCCACAUGUUCUGAUCCAUGGCUUAGAAGUAAGAAUUGCAAUAUUUGUAAUUAAUGUCGUCUGCCUUUUCUAGAGAAUGCCUGAAAUAGACCCAUUGGCUUUACUCAGUGCCUAUGAUACUGCUCUGUUUAUAGCACAGUAUGUACUUGACAUUUCCAUUGGGCCACUCUGCACAAAAGACUCCGUUGUUAAAGUCUCAGCUUCUUUAACAUUUUCUGUCACCAAAAUAGGCUGGUAUAUACAGCUGCUGCCUUGUUCUUUAAAAAAAAAUUCCAUUAGAUUGUUUCAGAUCUCUUUAGAUAAACCCAGAUUUGUUUUUUCAUGCAGAUCAUGAUGAAACAAACACACUUCCCAUUCUAUUAAACAUUUGCUGUAUGUGAUAAAAAAAAAACUUCUGAUUGAGUGGGACUAGAUAAAAGUAUUAGAUUCAUGAGAAAUUGAGAGUUAUAUUUCACAGACAGUGACAUUUGCUAUCUUCAAUGAAGGUCUUGUUUUUUUGUUGUUGGUGGUGGUGGUGGUUGUAACGGUGGUGGGGUGUGUGCGUGUUUAAUGUUUUUUCUAUUUCAUGAGUCUUGUUUUUCUUUUUAUUAUCCUUGACUCGGGCCUUUCAAGAGCUACCUAUAAUAAUGAAACUGCUGAGUGUGUGUGUGUUGGCAGCCCUUUGCAGCAUUAAGUUGCACAGAAGCAUUAAUAUGUUUUGAGUAAAUUCAUUUAAUCUUAAAAUUUGUUUAAAGGUUUAAAAUAUUAUCUUUUCAUAUAGUUGUCACUGGACACUGUUUUUGUAGUGACUUAAAGAGCUGAUGUUUGCCAAUGUCAGUUGUGCUGAUUCCUGUACAUAAGAGGUGCUCCCUUAGCUGCUGAUAGGCUACCUUGUAAGGUGCUUGGAUUAGGUUAGGGAGAGGUGUGAGAUAGAUAGUUAGGUCAGUGGAACUUUUCUAGUUCCAAGUUUAUCAUUCAUUCCAUUCCUUUUCCAAAUUCUUUCUCAUUUUCUAAAAGCUCACUUCAAGAUAAAAGCCAUGUGUCUCAUUCUAGGCUGCAUUUAAGGAAGUUGGUGUGUAUUUAUUUAUGUUAUACACAUAAUGCCAUGGAUUAUCUUUAAAAUGGACUUACAUUUUUCAGCAGUUUCUGCAUCUAAAUAGACUGAAAUUCUAAAAAGUUAGGAGACUUAAAACUAGAAAAGUAUUGGUUGAAUCUCAUCUUUGCUUAUUCAGUAAAAGAAAACAAAAACAAAACUUAAGGGCUAACUCUGGAAGGUCUUUUUGCACUUAAAGCAGAUGCUGGAAAAGUCGUCUCCCAGACACAUCCAAGCCCAGACUUGAUGUGGACUCCAGUCCCUUCUUUUUUUCCCUCUUUUGAAAAAACUUUCUUGUAUGGCAUGCUACCAAAUGCAAAGGCAGUCUGUCUCACAUUCGGGAUUCCAAAUCAGAAGGGAGUUCUGCACCAGGGCCUACACUCAGUGAAGUGACUGCCUCAGUGGUGGAGCUGAAGUUGGUGACCAGAGAACUGAUGUUCCCUGAAUUUCUGGAGGAGCUGGAAGAUGCCUGGGAAACUAUCAGUGGAGUUGUACUAAAGCUUCUCCAAAGCUGGGCCCUCUUUGGGAUACCCAUUUCCUGUUUCAUCAGGCUCUCUAGGGGUGGGAUUGCUCCUACAGUUAAGGUCCAGAGCCUCACCACCAUCAUUUCCUUAGAGUAUGGCAUCUUAAACUGUAACAAGAAAACCACAAAUGUUUCUUUACUCAUGUCUGCUAAUCAGCAUUUGGUAGUCCUUGGGAUUCCUUAUUAGUGACUUCUCCAUAGCCGUAUCUAAAACAGUAAUCUUUGGGUGUGGAUUUGUGCCUCAUUAUUACUAUAAUGGUACAGAAAGAAGGGGUGCAUUAGUCAUUCCUUUCCAUGUGGUGCUUUCUGAAGGAAUCUUUUGUGCACCACAUACUAUGCAGGUGAAUUUCUCACUGUUAACUUUGUCAUCAGUAAAAUGCAUCACUCCAAGACAGCUGCUUUGAAUUGAGAUUUGGCUUCAUUCGACUUGUAGUAGGUUGUGUGAUGAGGGCAAAAGUUGUCACUCAUUUAUGAACAACAUUUCUAUUGAUCAUUGAACUUGAGUCCAGAAGGAAAGGAUAACAUGGUGUGUGAUGCAAGCAGAAGAUGCUGUAGUGUUAACCAUCAGCAAGUCUGGUGUCUUGUGACGAUACUUGGGUCAGGACUACAAUACCCCAAAAGGAACCGGCUAGUGGACAGGGAGCCAUCCUGCCCCUUUUGUUUUCAGGUAAACUGGUGUAGGAUUCUUUUGGCUUGCAGAUGAUCUGAAGGUCUGCACACUGUGAACUGGUUGUUUGUAUAAAUAAAGUUUUGUUGGAACAUAGCUUUGCCCAUUUGCUUAUUGAUUAUCUGUGGGGCAGAGCAAUUGCCACAGAGACCCUAAGUCCACAAAGCUUUAAAUACUCUAGAGACCUUUAAGAAUUAGUUUGCUUUCCCCUGCUUCAAAAAAAUAACGCUUUUUCAAGACAAAAUCUCUCCAAAUUUUGUUUCUUCUGCCUCUUGUUCUCUUCCUUGCUUCCUUCUUUAUCCUAAUUUAUUAUGCACUUCUUUGUUUCUUACUGCAAAGGAAGCAUACUGAUAGAGUACAUGGACUACCAUCUCUUUAAACUUGAGCUGCCUUAGGUUAGGGACUUUAGUUGAACCUUUAGCGUUUCAAAUACCACAUUUAGAUGAGGAAAAGGCUUUUUACAGAGUGAAAACAAAGCCUGACAACCAACCCAAAGCAAUGUUUUUUUCUUAUGUUUUAGGUCAGCUUUUGAAAAAAUAAAAAUACUUUGGAAUUGAUAUUUCUUCAGUCACAUUUUCUUUCUUUCUUUCUUUCUUUCUUCUUUUUUUGUUACUGGGGAUCAAACUCAUGACCUUGCACUUGCCAGGGUAAACUGAACUCCCAGCCCUUCAGUCAUAUUCCUGCAAAAGUAAUUUAAAAAGUAAACUAAUAGGGACUGAGGAUGCAGUUCAGCAGUACAAUACCUGACUGGUAAGCAUAAGGUCCUGAGUUCAAUUCCUGGUACCACCUCCCCCAAAAAACAAGCCAACAAAUAAAAAAUUCAGGCAUUUGAAGUGCUUUAGAAAAGAAUGAUUAAAAAUGUUAACUGCCAUUCUAUGACUGAGAGAUUAUGGAUUGUGUCUUUAGUUCAAAUCCAGUCAACUUCCUCUAAGAUGUUUUUAUUCCAGAAAAAAAAAAAAAAAAAAAAAAAACUCAUGGAUACCUUUGCUACUUUUCAAAGUGUAGUUCAUAUGUCAGUGAAAAAAUUUUUGUCAGUGACUUACAAACAGUGAUUAUCUUAAUGUUUUGAAACAUGGUUUUUUUGGAGAGACUAUGAUGCUGGAUGUCAAACACAGGGCCUCAUGCACAUUAGGCAGUCUCUCUACCGCUGAGCUAUACUCCCCAGCCCAAUUAUUUUGAAUUUUUAGUUAUUAAUUUUAUGUCUUAUUAUGGCUUAAUACCACUGAAAUAUUUUAAAGUAUAAAAUUGAAUCUAUGUAUAUCAUCUGCAAGGCAAUCUUCAUAUCCAAGCAGUAUGUACUCUUCCCCAUGCUUGUUCCCAAAUUCUUUUCGGAGAAAAAUGAAGAAUUACUUUAUUUAAAGCAAGUAGAGGCCAGGCAUGGUAGGUAGCAUGUGCCUUUCAUCCCAGCACUUGAGAGGCUAAGCAGGAGAAUCACCAAGAGUUUGAGGUCAGCCUGCACUACAUAGACCCUGUCUCAAAAAAAUAAAACAAGCAAAAUUAGGAGAAGCCUUUUGAGACAGCCUUCAACAUAAUUUAAACCUUGAAACGCCAGAACAGAGUCCUGUCUUCUACGCUGAGUGGGUUGGAAACCUUGAUGGCUCAACUUCUUUCCUUUGGAUGUCAUAUUCACAGAAACCCAGAGGGCUCCGAUAGUGCUCUCAGCUUAGUGCUUUGCUCUGCUCUGCUCCCUGCAGCCCCUAAGAACCACCUUGAGUGCUUUGUAAAAGAUGUCCUUGCUCAUGCUUUUGCCCUUGCAGUUGAAGCACAGCUGGUCGUUUCAUUUGGUAAUCUUACCUCUGUCGGUUUCUCCUUUUCUAAGAGCCUCAGUAGCUUGUACACAGUGCUCAAGACACAGCCUGGGCUCCCUGUGCACCAAGAGAGGUGGUGCAGUUAUGUCAGUUUGAGCAUAGACACUGAAGCUUUUUCACCCAUCAGGACCAUCCCAGUUAACAAAUGUAGUGUGCAAGCAUAAAAGCCAGGGCUGCCUACUUGGAAAAAGUAGGCAGAUACCCAUGGUAUUAUAUCAGGCUAGAUGAAUGGAUUUCACCUUUGUUUUUUAAAGGAUUGUAUUAACAAAUUAUGUGGCCCACACUAAAAAAUUUACUACCUAACCUUUUACAGCACAUGUUUACUGAUCCCUAUAAUAGUCAUUCAGGAUUAAAUUAUGUGGACAAAUAGGCGAACAUUUUUGUUCAUGUAGUAUAGCAUAGCAAUAAUUCUUUUAGAUUUUGUGUAUCUUGUCUUUUCAUCCCAGUACACAGCUGCCAUUGCAUAUUUUUUCCCAUUUUGUAUCCUACAAAAUAUUAUUCUUGAAUGAUGUUUUUGCAUAAGAAAAAAUAUCUCCCUUUGCUUAUUCAAUAUUGAUAAAUUAUGAGCAUUCAGUCUUCUAGGGUGUAUGAUUAAAAUACAAAACCUUCUAAAGGUUCACUGUGAACCAUUUUUAUAUGGUAUAUUCAUUUUAUGAAUCACAGUGAACUUGCCUCUGGUAGAGACAUUCCACUAUGGUUGUGCUCCAUAUAAACUAUGUAUUUGCAGUUUAGAAUAGUGCCUCUCCCUGAAAGUACAGGGUCAUUAGUUGUCCCCCUUAAGCCCUCCAAGUCUUUUUGUAUCUAGGAUAUUUGCAAGUUUAUUACUCUCCAAGCCUUGAACUUGUGAAUGGUCUUUGCUUGAACCACAAAUCCAGACCACACAUUAUUGUUAUUUUUAUUUAUUUAUUUAUGUUUUUGAGACAGGGUUUCAUUAUGUAGUUCCGGCUGGACUUGAACUCACUAUGUAGCCCAGGCUGGCCUCGAACCCACAGGGAUCCUUCUGUUUCUGCCUCCAGAGUGCUGGGAUUACAAGUGUGCAUCACUACUCCUGGCUCAUACAUUCUUUAAAUACCAGCAUGUUGAUGGCCCCUUAUGACACACCAGCAGUUUUAAUUUGAAAAAGUUCAGGGCACUCUGUCCUGGCCAUUGAAGUCCAACUCUGGUCACACCAGAGUUACCACCUUAUGGGGGAGCCAUCCUUGGAAACUUGCUUAUCUCCCUCUUCUGCUUAUGCCACUAACCUCUUCCAGGUGGCGUCUUCUCUGGGACAUUCUCUCUCCUCUCAAGUGCUUCACUGAACACAGAUGAGAAACAUUUUUUCUUUGUAACUCAUUAUUUUUAGUAUUAGAUAUUGGGUCCAAAUACCAUCAGUUACCAACUUUUUUCUACCAGUUGUUUGCUCUACAGUGCAUGUUGUCUUGUAGCCAAUGCUGCACUAUUUGGAAGCUAGUUUGUGGGAAAGAUACUAUAGAAACAAUAUUUCCUAAUUUUGUAUAUUUGUAUAACAGGUAGGGAUUAUUUUGAGAGCCACUGUAGCUUAAGUUUAUUGAUUUUACUAGUGGUUUCUGCAUUCUAACUAGUUCUAGAAGACUUAGUAACUGGUUUCAAAUAUAUAUAUAUAUAUAUAUAAAAUGCAUAUUUAUACCCACCUCUGUGGAAUUCAUUUCACUGUGUAAAUAGUGGUAUUUUUCCUGUUCAAAUGCUUCUAUACAAAGUAUUUAUUUUAACAAAAAAAAUGAACUGUCAAAAGGGCUUUCCAAAAAUUGUUCUUGCCAUCCAUCCUUCCUAACUAACUACUGUGCUCAGCCAUUGAACACUUAACACAGUGAAGGCAGAAGGGUGUGGCCUUGAAGUCCUCACUGUAUUUGGGCAGGUACUGCAUGAAUUUGAAAUCUGAGCACUUUUUUCCACUGGCACCCUCAUUCCAGAACAAAGUGGGGCUGCCGCAGGAGGUAUGGCCAUGCCAGGUAUGGCGUUAAGAUUUGCCUCAAGGAGUCUAUUUCUUGUAUAUACCAUUGACACGUUCAGCUGCUCACUUGCACAGCCUGUGCAGGGAAAUGAGUCUUAGUUGUAUCCCCAAGAAAAUUCAAACUUCUACCUGUGAGAGAAGGAGAAACCACUGGUUGCCUGAAGACAGCACUAAUGUGUGUGUUUCUAGUCUUUCUCCUGGGUUUGUGAGAGAUCUCUUCACACCCUCACCAUAGAAGAUAAGCAUGCCACUUUCUGCACCUUGAUAAUACUUGUGGGUACCUUGGCUGUCAUCAUCAUCCUCCAUCUCCCUGUCUCAGCAAGCAUUUGUGCAGAUGUGGGCCAGUCCUGGCUGUAGCAUGGUUACAGAAUGAAGCAUCUGUUCUAAGAUGUGUUCAGCUUUAUUUCUCAGGAGUCCUGGUCUGCUAUUCAGAGCACCCUACAUAUAACAGAACCAGUGUUUUUUUGAUAUUGUUCCUUUCUCUGUCCUCUUGUUCCUGGGUACUUCUGCCUGCAUCAUGAAUCUUGUUCUACCUAGCUGGCUGGACUGAGAUCUACAGGCCCAGGAUGCUGGGUGCUUUGGAACUAGUUCCACAGCGGUCAUCUGUUGAAACCAUAGUUUAUAUUUCCUUAUGGCCUCCAUCUUUUCUAAAUAAAUGAGGGGCAUGCUUGAAGAAUGAUGCUGGAGAAUGUUUUUCUAAAAUACUAUUUGUAAGCAAAUCCAAUUUUAAAAUAAAAUGUGAAUGAGUAAAUAGGUGCCAGGGAAAUUUAGCACUGAGCUAGACAGUCAAAACUUUUUUAACCUUUGCAGAAAGAAAUAGAUUUUGCUCUCAUCUAAAUGUUCACAGAAAGUAAUGCUGUAAAUAGUUUUAUAAAAAUAUUUAUUACAUGUGCUGUAUACGGAUUUAUGUCCUGAGUGAUGUUGGUUUGCAUUGUAGUGUUGUAGAAGAAUAUAUUUUAAGCAGUGAACUUCCUUUCAUAACUAGUUCACACAUGGAGAAAGAACAAAGCCAUCAGGUUGAGAGCUGUUUGGGGCCUUUGCUCUGUAGUAUAACAUCAUAGCCAAGCUUUAGUUUUCAAUGGCCCCUCUUAUUUGAAUAUAUAUUUUCAAAUGAGAAGUUGGUGAUCAGUACGCAGAUCUGCAGAGCAGAUUUCUAGGUUUUCUUUCUGAUGUGUUGCCCUCAAGCAAUAAGACCCUAGAUGAUGACUUGUUUGGGGUCCUAGUUGCCCUUGUCUCAGAGGAUUGGGUCGGGGUAAAACAGCUCUUGUCGCCCUCUUGCCUUUGCCGGAGAGGUUGCUGUACUUGAAUUUUUGCUUCUGUUUGUCUGCACGCUCCCUCGUGUCACAAACCUGUAGUAAAAAAUGAGAAAUCUGCCCACACCAGACAUGUCACAAGUGGUCAUGUAAAUUAAAAAGCAAUUAUCUAUGAACAUAUAGUCUAGAAUCUAGUUAAGGCAAAUCUAGUUUGGCUACAGACUAAAUGUAAGGGUUUUUCACAUAUGAAAUGAAGUGGCUAAAGACUUUUGACUAUGUUUGACCCACCUUUAUAUACCAACUCACUUCAUACCAGCCUCCUGUCCCUGGGCUUGACAUGUCUGCUGCCCUGUAUCUGGCUGCUUUCAGCCUUUUAGGUUAGUGUAAAGAGGCAGUCUCUCCUUCAUUUCCUCUAGCGUGUGCAGCUCAACAGGUUCCUAAAGCUGUUUAGCAGCCUCUCCUUGUGACCAUCCUAAAAUUUGUGAAAAAGAAAUACCCCACACCCAGAUAACCAUUAAUGGAAGUAAUGUAGUUUUAUAGGCUUUUGGAAUGUCUUCUCUUUUGUAAUUAUGCUGGUAUUUGGGACUUUUCACUAGUGUUUUGUUUUUGUUUUAGGUUGAAGUAGGUGCAUUAGAAUAAAACUUUCCAUUGCCGAGCCAGAAAGCAAGCAAAGAGGAAAGAAAUUGACCUAUAUUGUGUGGUUGGGGAGGUGACUACUUGUGGUGGGGUGGGGGGAGGGUCAUUGUAGAUUUUGUGGAGGUAAAAUAGAAUUCUGGCCUGAGGCUUCCCAAAUCUUUAAUACUUUGUAAUAAAAAUCCCCUUAGCCUCAGUCUCAAUAGAAGCCUGCUGUUUACCCUCAGGGAACAAGUAGUUUUCAAAGUUGAGCUCCUCCAAGUUCUUUGGCCAAGACUUGUAUGUAUUGGCAAUUUUGUGAACUCAUGGCAUUAUUUUCCCAUAUGUAUUACCAUAUUAUGAAAUUCAACCCCAACCUGUAUGAAAAGCACAGUCCAGGGUCCUUAGAGGCUAAUCAAUGCCUUUAAGGGGCCAAGUGGUCAUUGGAGGCCCAUGCAGUUUAACUGAAGCUCAGGUGCCAUGUUGGAUUUGUAUCGUUUUUUAGGCCACAACCCUUCAGAGUGAGUUUAGGACAGGGCCUGCUGAUCUGGCUGUAGAUUCAGGGAGCUCUGAGAUGAAUCUCUACCGUUCCUGUCAAGAUCUUUCUGGUUCCUCCCAGUGUUGUCACUGCUGAGGUCAAUCUGUAGUUGUUAAGAUGUGCUCCUUUUUGCUGUCUCGUAAGUCUUAGCCAGUGUUCCAGAUGCCCAAGGACAGGGCCUCCAGAGGGCAGAGCCAGGUAUGUGUUCAUAGCCCGUGUGAAGGGUGUAUUUCUAGAAAAAGCAGUGAAACAAAUUCUGCAAAUGUUAACCUGGAGGAUCAGUGUGCAUCUCUUGAACCUGGAUUUCCACUAUAUUAGUCUAGGAGAAUACUGUGUCUUUAAUGGAUGAAAAUUUAAUGUAUGCUGUGAAUUUGUUGGUUUGAAACAAUGAAAAUUUUUCAUUAGACAAUGUUUACAUACCUCACCUGAAAAACCUUUGAGAGUGUAUAUAUGAAAAUUUUAAAAUAUAUUAAGUUGCUUUAAAACAGUAUGUAUAGCUAUAAAAGUUGGAGUUAUUUUAACUUUGAAUAUGUACCAGUUUUCUUAAAUCUUGAAUUCUUGUAGACAUUUUGUGCUUCUAUGUUUUAUUUUCCUGUAGACCAUGUAGGAAACUGUGUUCUUGUUAUUGGUAAAGGGGCCCCCACUAAAAUCCAAGCUGGGAAGGAUUUCCUGUGUUGUUUCAGAUUUUCUUGUUUGGUUUUGAGGGAUGGAAUACGGAACUGGAGGAUGUGUGGGAGGGAUUUCUCUAACACUGACAUCUAUUCCAUGAGCUUUUUCAAGGCGCUUAUUUUAUUGCAGCAUAUUAAAUUUCUUUGAUAUUAAAA